AUGAAAAGAAAUACCAAGGAUUAUCAUUUCCAGCCUUUUCCAAUCCCGGAGAGUGAGUUAGAGGUGGACGACAACGAUAGCGAUUUCACCACGAAUUACAACUUUGCUGGUGCUCCUGUGGGUAAUUUUUCUUCAACAUAUCAGCUACCGAACUUGUCUCAGAUGCCAACAAAUGAUUACACUCAGCAUCAAGUACCCUCGUAUUCGCAAUCUCCUAGCAAUCCAGUUAACAAUUCUCCGAUGAUGAAUUUUCUGCCAAGCAGUCAAGUCAAUCCUACGGCAUACCAACCAUACCAGUUUCCUCUGCAGCGGGAUUAUUCAUUACCAGAUUCUUCUUAUCCACUUGAGGAAACCCAAAGAACUAUAGCAGAGUCAUCUAGCAUAAAUCCACAAAGGUACCCAGACAUGACAACGCUCAUUAACUCCAAUUCGGGUAUCAAAGUCCCUUUGGUGGAAAGUGCCUUCGUGGAUAACAAAACUUGCAGUGUUUGUGGAAAGAAGAUAAGCCGUGAUAUGUUACGACAUAUGAGAACCCAUCAAUCAGUUGCAAGGUUCAAAUGUAACUUCUUGAAGAACCAGUGCAAUCAUAAAUCCAGACGAUUUAAUAGACCCUACGACCAUAAGAAACACUUGUUGAAUCGUCACUUCAGAUUUGACAAUCCCGAAGUAAAGAAAUUGCACAAUUUAAAUGACAAACUAGGGCAUUGGGGUACAUGUCCUUGUGGUCAACGAUAUGUGGCAAAAGAGUGGUUAGAGAAGCACAUUUUAACAAAGAAUGCGGACCUUAAAUGUCCCUUUGUUGAAUAA